AAGUAAUGUCGCUUUUAGGAAACGACAUUACUUUCCGGUCCAUAAUCAGGUGGACCGAAAAGUAAUGUCGCUUUUAGGAAACGACACUACUUUCCGGUCCAUAAUCAGGUGGACCGAAAAGUAAUGUCGCUUUAAGGAAACGACACUACUUUCCGGUCCAUAAUCAGGUGGACCGAAAAGUAAUGUCGCUUUAAGGAAACGACACUACUUUCCGGUCCAUAAUCAGGUGGACCGAAAAGUAACGUCGCUUUUAAGAAACGACAUUACUUUCCGGUCUCUAAUCAGGUGGACCGAAAAGUAAUGUCGCUUUUAGGAAACGACACUACUUUCCGGUCUCUAAUCAGGUGGACCGAAAAGUAAUGUCGCUUUAAGAAAACGACACUACUUUCCGGUCUCUAAUCAGGUGGACCGAAAAGUAAUGUCGCUUUAAGGAAACGACAUUACUUUCCGGUCCCUAAUCAGGGAGAGUUUUUUUAAAGCGACAUUACUUUCCGGUCCUUAUAAUAUUGAGUUGGCAACUAAGUGAUUGCUGAUUUUGUGCAAUCACUUUCUGCAAUCACUUAGUUGCCAACUCAAUAUAUAAUAUAAAGUUACAAGACAGAUUUUUAACUAAUUAACUACUCUUUUAUAUUUAUUAUUUAUUGAAUUUAGAAAAUAUUAAGAGGCAUAGAGAAGAAUAAAUAUAUAUAUAUAUACAUUAAUUAUUUUGUGAUCUUUAUAAUGUUGCUAAGAAUAUGCCAUUGUUUAAAUAUUAGUUAAUUAUUAAUUUAUAUUACUGGUACAUUGUUUUAAUGGAAGUAUAAUAAUCUUAUUUAACUAUUAUUCCCUUAAUUUUAUAGAAAUAAGAAAUGUAUUACUUAUAAAAGAUAAAGUUAUAGAUUUAAUUUGAUUUAACUUUGAAGAAAAAGAAAAAAAAAGUGAAAAAUAUACGACUCGAAUUUAUUAAAUAAAAUUGUAAAAUAACAAAUAAACUUACUCGUGUACGUGAUACUAUCUGAUUACCUUGGUAGACUUCCUUGUAUUCUCGUUUCAUUUUUUUAUCCACUUUAAUUCAAUACACUUUCAGGAAACCUCACACAAUUGCCACAUCUUUUACGUUUUGUAACUAUGACUUUAUAAUAUUGAUCUUAAUUUCAUAAGAAUAAUGUUAUUAAUUCGAUUGAACUUUAGAAAAGAAAAAAUAAUAAUAAUUUAUAACUCGACUUUAGAUACAAAAUUAAAACGAAAUUGAGUAUUAUUGAAUCAUAGAAAAAAAAAAGAAAAUGCAAAAAAUUUAUUACUCAAUAAUAAAAAUGUAUAAAAUAUGAAAUAAUUCUAUUCACGUAAGCAUCACAAUUUUUCAAAUCUAAAUUCUCUUACACUCAUCACCAUAAAUGUUUUUAGAUCGACGAUACUGUAAAAUUCAAAUAUUACUAAGAGCAAGGUUUAUAUCGUACGCUAUGGUCUAUAGUAUUUAGGACAGAUAGUAUGUAACUUAUUUUUUUAAGAAAUUAAUUCGAUGACAAUUAAAAAAUUAAUUUAUUAUAGGUCGAUCGAUAUUCCAAUAUAUGUAUGUAUAUAUUAUAAUUGUAUUGUCGAAUGUAUAUAUUAGAAUAGAAUUUAUGUAUACAUAUAUAUAUAUAUAUAAAUCCUAUUUUUCGUUUAUUUCUUUUCAUAUUUCAAAUUUUUCAUCCUUUCCUUUGAAAAAGUAUUGCCAACCAUUUUCAGUAACUUGCGAGUCGAAACAAUUUCUAUAUAUAUUUUACUCAUUAAUCUUUCAAUACCUUCAUAUGUUUGUAUAAAAAUUGUAAACAAAUUUUCUAUAUGAAAAGAAAAAAGAAAGAAAUAAAUACACGUACGACGCAUACAAAAGGGAUAUAAAUUAAAUGAAAAUUUUCGUCAAUUGUUUUAAUAAAUUAUAUGUUCUUUUGACUCACGAUGUAAUGAAGAAGGUGAAGCUAUGAAAUGUACCGGGGCAACAUUGCAUACAAAUGCGAAGAUUUAUUUCAAUCAAUGAGAUAAGUAAAUAGCUUAAAAAAUUAUUUUCAUGAUAUCAAUAAAUAUAAUGAUUUUUUGCUUCUUUUCUUUUUUUUGCUUUAAUUAAAUAUAUAUAUAUAUAUGUAUGUAUGUAUGUAUGUAUGUAUACAUUUAUUACAGCGUAGGAUUAUUUGCAAUGACGUAAUGCGCAUGCGCGCCGCGAAUUAUUCAACUGUUUUACCGGUGACAAGACGCCAUUUUGUAUUCUCAUACGACCAGUUCGACACGGGAUCUGUAUCGUCCUCGUUAAUUACAGGUAAUUAGUAAGAUUUUUUUAAUUUCAAUCUAUCCUUUAUACAUCAAUCGAUUUCUUUAAACACGUUUUAUGCGAAUCGACAAUAUCGAGUUAUAGAAUCGUUGCGUUUAAGAGAUAUUCGCGAAAAUAAAAUCGGCUAUUUGACGCGCGUGUAGUGAUAUAGAUGGUGAUGGGUGAAGGGGGAAUGAGGAACUAUCGCGUUGUCUUCUUUUUUCAAACUUUCUGCCUUUAUUUUCAUUAUAUCGAAAUUUAUUUCGUCCUUUAACGAUGCCUCCUAUUAAUAAUCUUUCGUCAAGUAAUCGUUCCUGAUCAUUUUUCGUAUUAUAAUUCGAUUUUCGUGUUAUACAUUUAUAUAUAUAUAUAUGUAUUUACACAUAUAUAUUAUAUAUAUAUAUAUAUGUAUAUUACGUAUUAUUUAAUUUCAUAAUGUGCUAAUACUUUCAAUGCUAAUAUUUUCAGAUUUAUCAAGGACGAGCAACAAAUACGAGAGGUCAUUUGUAGCUGUGAUGAUCAUUGCAAACGCGCGCGAGACAAUGAAUAAAUCGUGUGUUGCAUCGUUUAAAUGAAAUCCAAAAAAAGAAAAUAAUAGAAUAAAUAAAUAAAUAAAUAAAUAAAUAAAUAAAUAAAAUCACGCGAGAAUAGAGUCAGUGUUUGUUCGUUAAUUAAAAUUUGUACGGGUUUUCUCGUGAAUUAAAUUAAUUGUUAGGCGUUUGAAUUAUUUGUACUCCAGUUGGCUGCGUGCAAUGCAGUCGUAAAUAGAGUCAGUGUUUGCUCGUAUAAAGUUUUGUUAAUCAUUUUUUAACAGUCACACAGACUGUUUUUUCACACACACAGAGUAAAAAUUCGUGAAUUAGAUUCAGUGUUCGUCCAGCAAUUAAUAAAUAAUUAUUCGCGCGUUAGAGUCGGUGCAUCAUGGAAGAUAAUCAAAAAACUACUAUACUUUCAUUAGAAGAGAAUAUUUGUAAGUAAACAUUUAAAUAUCAUAGUCAAUUAUAAUUAUACAACUUAUUUGAUUAUAAUAAAAUUAAUCAAAAAUUUUCAUUUUUUUUUUGUUUCUAGUAUUUAUUUUCAAGAUAAUCAAUUUCAUCAAGUAAAUCCUAUUAAGAUAUCAACUAAUCGACGCUUGCAAUCUACUUCUGUCGAGUUUCGGAGUGUUUUGGAGCCAUCAGAGAACUUCUUAAGUAGUGAGUAAUCUAAAAAAAAAAAUUUUUAAUCCUUCUAGUGUGCGUUAAUAUCAUGCCGAGGACGAAGGGUCCGUAAAAAUUACGGCACGAAUUAUAUUAAUUGUAAUUUUGUUUGAAUAAAUUAUUAUUGACGAGUACGCGAGUAAAUUCGAUAUUUCGAAUAAUUACUCGCUAGUAAUAUAGUACAUAUAUACGUAUAUAUUUUUUUUCGAUUAUUUUUAAAAUGUUUAUUUUUAAAUAUUAGACCUCAGGAUAAUAGAUUUAUUUCAUUUCAUCGAUUGUAGAGUCGUUUAAUUAAACAUUGCAAUUAAUCGUCAUUAAAGUAUUGUUCGUAUUCGUUCGCGAUAUUGAUUUCAGAAAUCGGACAUUUCUUUUACUCGAUUUUGUUCAUGGAAAAAAAAAAAAAAGAGAAAUAAUUCAGCGCGUUUUUAAUUCUUUUUCUUCUUCUUUUUUUUUUUUUUUUCAAACGUUAUAUCAACUUAUGUACAAAUAUAUAGAUAUAUCAAAUGACAUUACAUAUUAUAUAUUUAUAAUGAAGAAAUGCAUUUGAAAGUUUUUUAAUUAAAAUUUAUUUAUCAUAUAUUUAAUCUAUCUGAUUAAAUUUGUCCUUCGUAUACGUUUAUAAUAUAUUUUCUUCGCGAUUGGUUCUUAUCAAUUGAUAUUUUCUUCUCUACGUUAUUUAAUAAAUAUUAGAUGUUUAGACAUAGAUAUAAUAAGCUACAAGACAUUCCAAGAAUGAUUAUUGAGGUUAUUGAUAAAGAACAAAGAACAAUCUUUAAAAACGAUUGGGAUUUUAUCUUAAAAUCAAUCAUUCCGAUUCAAUAGAUAGAAAUCGUACACAUGCGCACGAGCUUUUUUUUUUUUUUUUUAUUUUUUAUUAUCUUUUUUGAAAAUUUGUGUAUUAUCUUUUGGUUUUUCUUUGUUCUUUCUUUUUUUUUUUUUUUCUUUUUUCUUUUGUCUUUCUUCCUUUUUUACAUGUACACGUAGAAAGGUAAAACGAAGAUUUGGGAUUGUUUUGCAAAGAAUUCAAAAUACGUCGGGUGAGAUCUGUGUUUCAAGGUCAAAUUCAAAGAUUCUCGUAGGUUAGUAUAUCGAAUGUGAGCGAAAGUGAGCGCGUUUAUGAAGGAUAAAAAGAGAGAGAAAAAAAUAAAAGUAAAACUCGAGAAAGCAAAAGUGUUUGAUAGCGAGAAAGAGAGAGGAAGAGAGAUGUUUCUUCGGUUCGGACAAAAUUGAAAGUGAAAUUUAAAGCUUUCGAAAACUGAUCUCGUACACAGUGAGAAUCUCGUGUACUUUAUUACUUUGUAUGGGUGUGUGUAUGUGCGUGCGCGCGCGUACGUGUGUACAAGUCGUACGUUUUCUUUUCUUUCCCCCACUUUUUUCUCUCUUUUAAGAUGCCUACGUUUUUUCUUUCUUUUUUGUCUUUUGUUCUUUUCUUUUUUUCUUUUUUUUUUUUUUUCUUUUUUCGUUUUUUUUCGUCGAAAAUAAAAUCGUUAUCGUAUUUUGAAGCCAAAAAUUUCGAUAAGGAUGAUCAAUAAAAAUGGAUAGGAUCGUUGUUAGAAUUCUCAGAUCGAUAAUAAUAUUCAAUUCGUAUUUGUCGAAAUGAAUCAACGAAAUUUAACGUUUUGGAUUUUCCUUUCGAUCAUUGUUACAUACUGUAAUGGAAAUUUUACGGGGGACAUUGGAUUUUCGUCAGAAUUAUUGCCAGUGAAAAAUUCUAUGAUCAUUGGCGAAUAUUCGAACUUCGAAUCAGGCAAAGUGAAUGUAAACAAUAUUUUCGAUGAGAUCUUGCCAAAAAUUCUUGACUUCCUGGUUAAAAGGGGGGUGGAACCGGUUAACCUUCCAAAUUACAUUGGAAAUGUUAUAAAUUUGCCGGGAAUUUUCAAUGGGAAGAUCAAUUUGCGAAAUGGAUUUCUACACCAUAUAACGAAUGUGAAACAAUCGAAGAAUACAAUGAUGCAAUACAAAUAUAAGCGUCUUCUAUUCGAUGUAUCUUUGAGAUGGCAAUUAUUGGAUUUUAAUUACGACUACGAUUUAAUAUAUUUAUUUAUGAAGAAACGAGGAGAGGUUUACGGACUUAUUGAAGAUACUGAUUUCGAUGUUUCGUUCGAAAUAGAUCUCAAUAAAUACGAAAUGAUACUUCACGGUAUAAGGAUCCAUAGAAUCGACUCAUUCAGUAUGACAGUCCACAGUAAUAAAUUAGAUCCAGUGAUGAAUAUAUUAACUUCUGUCAUAACGCGCUUUUUCCAAAAUCGUAUAAUAAAAUUGCUCGAAGAAAACAGUAUAAAGACUCUUCAGGUUUUUAUCGAUGAAAUGAAUAAAAGAAUUAAGAAGACAAAUUAUAAAGUCAAGAACUUAAUCGGUUCGUUUUAAAAAAAAGAAUAGAAGAGAAGAAAAGAGAAAGAAGGAAGGAAGGAAGAAAGGAAGAAAGAAAGGAAAAAGUAAAAGAAAAUAAGAAAGGGAGAAAGAACAAAUGGGAACUCGAGGUAAAACGUAAUAGUUUUCUUUUUUUUUUUUUUUUUUCCUCCAGUCACGCGAACUUUAUUUGGUCUCUCGGAAUAGAAAUGAAAUGUAAAUCUACUUGAGUAUGAUCGAUAUCUAACUAUCGUAAUUAAUGGAACGAGCUGUUACAACUUCUUUUUUUCCCUUUUUCUUCCUUUCUUCUUCCUUCCUUUUAAAUUCUGAUUCAAAUUAUAGAGUUUUUUCCUUUUGUUUUUUUAAUCUUAAUACGACAGUGAACGAGAAUAAAAAUUAUGAUAUAUAUAUAGUUAAAAAUAGGACGAUCAUUUUGUGAUGAAAAAUAGUUAAAGCUAAUUCUUAUUACAAAUUUAGAUAAGAUUUAUAUAUAAUUUAUAUAAAUAUAUAUAUAAAAUUGCA